UUUAAUUAAUUAUUAAUUUAAUUGCAUUUCUAAGUCUCAUUUGUAAAUCUAAUUAUGCAUAAUGUUUGUGAUUAAGUGAUUUAAAUGCAUUGCUAUUAUUUACAGAUUUUCCGGCCGGAAUAGCGCAAUACCCAUUCUAUAUGAUGGAUCGACCAUGGGCUAUGAAUUUGGGAUCCAUUGGGAUGAUAAUGGCUCACGAGAUGACACACGCACUCGAUAUCCAGGGAAGUCUCUAUGACUUUAAGGGAGAUCUAAGAAACUGGUGGUCAGAGAGCGCUCGCAAGACUUUUACUGAUAAAAGUCAAUGUUUUGUCAAUCAGUAUAAUUCCUAUCGCUUUCCCGAACAGAAUAUGACGGCACUAAAAGCGUAUCAAAAGCAAAGGUCGGCACAGUUUGAGAGAUUGCCCGGAAAAAUGGAUCAAUUUGACGAAGAGCAAUUGUUUUUCAUAUCAUUUGCUAACAUGUGGUGUUCAAACAAUUUGCCAAACGCUGUGAAGAAGACCCUGUCAUCGGGCGCCCAUCCGCCGGAGUCGGUGCGAGUCGACGGUUCGUUAGCCAACUUCGAUAAAUUUUCGGACGCCUUUCACUGCAAACCGGGAUCUAAAAUGUUUAGACAACCAGAAGAGAGAUGUAUUCUCUGGUGAUUGAGAGCCCAUUGUAUAAGUCUUUUAAAUAAUUUUAAAUUUCUAAAUAAAAACCAAACGACGGAUAAGAGGAUGGGUUGAGAAGAAUGAAUGAAAAUUUUGCGAAAGACUUGUAAACAUAUCUAUUAUUCACUUUUAAUGUCUUUUUUCCGCUCACAUUUUCAAAUGAACAAAAAUAUUUAUUUUCAUUUUUAUUAUUCACGC